GGUGGUGUUAAAAUGGCGGUACAGGCGGUGCAUCUGGAGGCUGAUGCCUUCUUGGUGUGCCUCAACCAUGCGCUGAGCACCGAGAAGGAGGAGGUUAUGGGGUUAUGCAUCGGCGAGGUUGACACCAGCCGAAUUGUUCAUAUCCAUUCAGUGAUCAUCCUGCGCCGCUCUGACAAGAGAAAAGACCGUGUGGAAAUUUCACCAGAGCAGCUUUCAGCUGCUUCUACUGAAGCAGAGAGGUUGGCUGAAAUGACGGGACGUCCCAUGAGAGUUGUGGGCUGGUAUCACUCUCAUCCUCAUAUUACUGUCUGGCCAUCGCAUGUUGAUGUCCGCACACAAGCUAUGUAUCAGAUGAUGGACCAAGGUUUUGUAGGACUUAUCUUUUCCUGCUUCAUUGAGGACAAAAACACAAAGACAGGCAGGAUUCUCUACACCUGUUUCCAGUCCAUUCAGGCCCAGAAGAGCUCAGAAUAUGAAAGGAUUGAAAUUCCUAUUCAUGUUGUUCCCCAUGAAACCAUUGGGAAAGUGUGUCUGGAAUCAGCUGUAGAGCUGCCCAAGAUCCUUUGCCAAGAAGAGCAAGAUGCCUACAGGAGAAUUCACAGCCUCACCCAUCUAGACUCUGUAACCAAGAUUCAUAAUGGCUCAGUGUUCACAAAGAACCUCUGCAGCCAGAUGUCUGCCAUCAGUGGGCCACUCCUUCAGUGGCUGGAGGACAGACUACAGCAGAACAAACAGCGGGUGCUGGAGCUGCAACAGGAGAAAGAGCAGCUCCUGGAGGAACUAGCUGCUUUAGAAUGAAGGAGGAAAUGCAGACCCUUCAGAAGAGAGACAUGGGGAAAAAACCUACCAGACCUACUCCUGGCUGAAGGGUGGCCCUAUGUUACCUUACAGUGAAGAUACUAGCAUGCAGCAAAGAGCACUUCUACAGGAUAAGGACUUUAUCUGCCCCAGCUUGAUGAAAAGCAGUGGUGUAUCUCCAGGUGCUGCAUGAUGCAGUGCAAUUCUAGCUCAGUGAUGGGGUUGGGCAGCACCUGAAGAGACUUCAGUUCUGGGGGGCAUGCACCUAGGGAAUGUGUUUCUCCGUCCUCUAUAUUUUGACAGAAGUCUUACUGCUUUACAUGUAUUCCAGGAGCCUAGAACAGGAGAGUCAGAGGGGAAAACUGUGUCCCUGCAGUCAUAUCUGAUACUGCCAACUUCUGCCUUCUUUUAGUAGCUUCAGUUGGCCAUGAUCUUAACCAGCAUUCCAGAACAUUACUAGUAUAUCCACCCAGGCAGGUAAGAGGUGGGAGGGAAGCUUGGGGAAGACCUGGAAGAACUUUGACACAGGAUCUGUGUUCAGCAUACUUCAAACCAAAUAAAGAAUUCCAAAGCCAGAGCCAUUUGGAGUAGAAAUGAAAUGAAUGCUACAAAGUGCCAGCGCCUGCAUUUUUUUGUAUGCGGUCUGUAUUCCCUUACUUCAUGUAAUGCUGUUGCAUGCCCAGCACUGAGGCUAUCUACAAAAUGGACUGUUUCUACUGGCAUAGUGGAUAGAGUGUUGUCCCUUCCCAGAGGGGAAAAAGGUUAAGCUGCUGAGAAGUAAAUUGAUAGAUAUGCAAGCCUGUCAUUCUUACAUGCUGAACUUCAUGGCAGAAAUGUCAUUAGAUUGAAAUGGAACAAAAUACCUGUUUACCUAAUUCUUUAAAUGUUCUUGCUGUUGCAUUUUAGGGUCAUAUGCAUUGUCAUCUGCAUUCUGUUACGUGAAGUCUGUCCCAUGUGAGUGAAGGAACUAACAGUGCAGUUAAAACCUCUGUUUCAUCUCCUUGGUUCUAAUCUAAAUCCUUACAUGCUCAAGGAGAUGAAAAUGAACUGCCUCCAUUGCUGCAAUGGAGGCUGUGACAUUCCUGAUAACUCAUUAGCUUGACUGUUGUGUUGGAAGAAUGAAAGUAACAUAGUUGAGAGAGAGGCACUGCCUUUCCAGUGAAUAGCCAAUAUUGAUUAUUGAUUAGCAACUGUAAAUUGCUGUCAGACGUUGAAGCCCCUUAGCCAGCUUGUUUUUGUCAGACUUCACUUCUCAAUCUUUCUGCAUUUAUAGUAGCAAAACCCCAAACAGUAGAAUUUCUUUGAAGUAAAACACUCAUUACUUUUUUUUUCCUAUUAAAAGUGCCGUGAAUAGUAUUUUUCUUUAAUUAGUUUUUGAACAGUCAGUGUCUUUGUUCUGAUGUUUCUGUUACUGUUUUUUAGUUCAAGUGCACCUUACCUUGAUCUUUGUGGGGGGAACAGGGCCCUCACUGCCCUCAGGCUUGAUGAGAGUAGAAUCACCCAGAAGCCCUGGGCUUCGUGACCAUCUAGUGCAGUCACCCACGGCAUCCUGCCAAGCACAUCCCAGAUAAAUCCAAAAUGAGUUCUCCUGCUGUCCAGGCCUGCCAUUCUGUUUUGUUUGGGUUUGCUUCUCUCAAGAUCCCAACUAGGAUCUCUGGAUUGCUUCUAGGGAGGCUAGGGGCCAUUCCCACUUGAGGUUAUAGACAGCCCACAGUAGAAAGAAGCUAGUUUGGUUCUGAGCAUAACCACCCUAUAUCCACUCCCCAAGCAACAAGUUUUGUCCUUAUAGACUCCUAAUACUUGAUGGGCUCCAGUCUCCAUGCUGCCAUAUGGUCUGAGCUCCAGGACAAAGCUGAAAUCCUAUGUUUGUCCUUGGAUGCAGCCUGCAAGAAGGGCAGAGCUCUGCUGGGAGCACAGUCAAAGCACAGCUAGAAUGGUGAUGUUUGGAUCAUAAUCCCAGUAAUAAAGAACAAGUUAUUAAUUACUCUGUGCUGAUCCAUAGCCUGGCUCUCCAGCCAGUAGAGACAUGCUGGUAUUAGGGUUCUGGGACUGCAUCAGAUGGCUGUAGCACAUGUGUGUGCAUUGAAAUGUGAGUGCCCUUCAGCUGUUCAGUCCAGCAGAUACAGCUUAUGGCACCUCUUUUCUUCUAGCCUCUUUGUGCUGAACUGGCUGACCAGUGCAGGGCAGUCCCUGGCCUCCUGCCUCAUUGGGCACUCUAACCCUCCUCCUCUGCCCUCCCUGCUCAAUAAAUGUUCCCUGACUGGAGUUUACCUGUGCUCUGUUUGGCUGUUAAUCUCAUCUGUCUCUCUUCAGUGGUGAUCAGGCAUAUCCCUGUUCUGCAGAGCAGGACGAGCCACAGGUUGGCACCCUGAAAAACAAGGGAGAAGGAGUCACAUCCCAUCAGGAAACCCAGAUUGGAGCAGAGCUUUCCUUCACAGGAUGAAAAAGUGGCAAAAUUCUCCUCCCAGAGCUUGGCCAAACAGAAAUUGUCUACAAAAGCCCAGUAGGAAGCUCUAAUGUAAAAAGAAUACACCUGUCUCAUUUACAUCCCUGAGGAAAAGGGCUAAACUUAAAACCAAAAUACCCUUCCCCCACCACCAAGAGGCUUCAAAAGAUUUUUACAGUCAGAAUUGGCUUGAAGAGGAGAGCAGUCCUGCAGUAAGAGGUUUUCUAAGAGAAUUUAAAAUCAAUUUUAAUCCAAAGGACAGGGACCAGCAAGACUCAAAUAGAGCAAACCAUUCUUCUGAAGAAAAAGCAGGUGGGAAGGUAGCAUCAAGUUGUUAAAGCACACAGUCUAUUCCAUGGCUUGCCCCUUCCAGCUACAACUUGCGAGCACCCCAGUCUGCUGUAUGGCAGGAGGUGCAAAUGGACCUUUUUGGAAAGGGCUGUCCUGGCCUUCAAGGAGGCACCACAACCUGGCAAAGCCAAUUCAGGCCGAGUCCAGAACCAUGCACAGUGUAAAAGUGAGGCACUGCUUGAAACAAACAUGAAGUUGCUUUCAGUGCUAUUGCAGCCUUCCUUUCGCCCAAGACCAAAGGGUUAAUUAAGCCUCGUGACUCUGUGUCAGCACGUACACUGGGACCUCCCUAGGGGCAGCUUGCCCUACGCAAUGAUGUCAUUAAAAUACUGCAGGUGUUCAGGAGCUUUGCCUUGUUCCAGUGCAGUCUGUAGUGAUCCAUGGCAAAUAUUAGGGUUGUGUGUCCACCAUUGAGCCACCAGGUAGGCUCACCAUCCCACUUCCUCAUGUCUUUCCCCUGGUCAUGCAGGGGUGGCAUAUGGUGCGUGUCACCAGUACCCUCUCCCUUGAACAGAAAAAGGCUGACUCUUAAUAGCUGAGACAUUGGUUGGUAGGGGUGAGGAAGACCUAUCCUUUAAUUGCUGGGACAAUUGUUCAGACAGCUUCUUCACAGCUGAGACACAGGUCUGCAGGGAAGAAGCAAGAUUCUCCUUGAAUUCUCAGAGUUGUCUGGCCAAUCCAUCUACAGUUCAUGCCUCUAUGUCUGUCCAGCUCAUUGUUGCCAGGGUGUUUGCAUAUGACGUUGGUCCACUUUAUACAAAAUUUUGCCCCAUGGACCAUGUGCACUGGAUUUCAUCCAGGUCUUUGGAUACCUGGUUGUCAUCCAGGUUGCUAUAGAUCACCUCCACCGUGGCUAAUUCUCUCAGAGACUGGAUACCUCCUUCAAUGGUGGUCCAGUUGCUUCGAGAAUUUGCAAGAUCUUCCUUGAAGGGUUACCUGUCCCUCACACUCAACAGGCAUUGCCUUCAAAGAUGGAAGACUCCUUGCCCCUUUGCCAAUUCCUUUGUCAAUGGCCUUAUCCAUAGCAAGGGAUCCCAGAUGCUGGCCUGCCUUAUUCUCUAAUUCCUGACUACUGGCCCCAAUACCCUAGCAUCAGAGUAACCAGCUGGCAAUUUGCUUGCCUGGUUGACAGCUGAAAUAUUUUCACAUGUAUCACAGCUCGCUUAAGUAUAGGGAUUGAGUGGUUUCUGUGUCAUUUAUUUCAGUCCUUUCUCCCUCCUGUUCUUAUGACUACUCUGCUGCAGAACAGGCAGCUUCUACCGAUUCUCUCUUCUGCUCCCUCUUAGGAGAAUCUGCUUCAUCCCUUAUUAAAGGACUUGACUUCUGCUUCCAUUGUUUCUUAAUUAUAGGGGUGACAUAUAGUUGAAGGCUAGGUCUCUGGUUUAGCCACAGUGUCUUUUGGUAUGUCUUCAGAUCAAGAGCCUCUCUCUUCUUGAGGGUGAUGAAUAGUACUGAGCAGUGUUCAGUAGAUGCAGGUCAGGCUGCAGCACAGUGCAAUAAGUUGUGCCUCUCUGGAAUAGCCAUGGCAUCUUUUUUUCAAACAUUCUCUCACUUCAUCAGGAUCUUGCACUUGUUUGGGAGUGAAGUCUCAGACCAUCAGAGGUGACAAGCUUUCUACAUACCUGCCCAUAUUCCUCAACAUGCCUUGAUACCUUGUAUUGGGUUUGUGUGGCAAGGUUUUGGUAGUGGGGGGGGCUACAGGGGUGGCUUCUGUGAGAAGCUGCUAGAAGCUUCCCCUGUGUCUGAUAGAGCCAAUGCCAGCCGGCUCUAAGACGGACCCGCCGCUGGCCAAGGCCAAGCCAAUCAGCGCCUCUGUGAUAACAUAUUUAAGAAGAAAAAAAAAACCAGAGCUUUUGCAGCCGGAGAGAGGACUGAGAAAAUGUAAGAAACUCUGCAGACAUCAAGGUCAAUGCAGAUGGAGGGGGAGGAGGUGCUCCAGGCGCCGGAGCAGAGAUCCCCCUGCAGCCCGUGGAGAAGACCAUGGUGAAGCAGGCUGUCCCCCUGCAGCCCAUGGAGGAAGGGUGAGGGGGUGUAGAGAUUCCACUUGCAGCCUGUGGAGGACCCCACGCUGGAGCAGGUGGAGGCACCUGAAGGAGGCUGUGGCCCGUGGGAAGCCCACGCUGGAGCAAGCUCCUGGCAGGACCUGUGGACCCGUGGAGAGAGGAGCCCACUCUGGAGCAGGUUUGCUGGCAGGACUUGUGACCCCGUGGGGGACCCCCACGCUGGAGCAGUUUGCUCCUGAAGGUCUGCACCCCAUGGGAGAGACCACACAGGAGCAGUUUGUGAAGGACUGUCUCCCAUGAGAGGGACUCCAUGUUGGAUCAGGGGAACGAUGAGAGGAGUCCUCCCCCUGAGGAUGAAGAAGUGUCAGAAACAAUGUGUGAUGAACUGACUGUAACCCCCAUUCCCCACCCCCCUGUGCUGCUGAGGGGGGAGGAGGUUGA